AUGUUUUACUCUCUCGUGCUAGUAGGUUAUUUAAAACUUAGAGAACUCAUAAUGCCACAAUUUAUUGCCGUAUCACUUCAGGAUCGUAUAUUUCCUUGCACAGAAGAAGAAACCCUUUUUCCGAGACACAACAUCUGCAAAUACUUUGCAGCAAUCCUCUUAGCCUUUAACCACAUUUAUUCACUGCUCAGCCAUACAUUUCUGCCAACUGAAAUUUCAAAAUUAUGGAUAUUGCAGAUAAACUGCUACCUACGACAAAUGUUCUCUAUUCACGAAUGCACUAUAUCCGUCUGUAAAGCGGAGCGAAAGCUCGAUUGUUGGUAA